AUGGCGACUACAGAUGCAACUUCUAAUGUUGAUUCCAACCCGGAUGUUGUCUAUAAUCCAAAAUUACAUAAAGCACCAUUUUCAGUUACUGCUUUGUGUAUUGCAACAGUACUGGGAACAUACUUUUUAUUUCUGUCUUUAAUUGAAUUAAGUCUGUCUAGUUAUUGUCAACAACACAAACAACCAGAAUUAUAUUCCCAAUAUUUAAAUUUUAAGAAAGAUGCUCCUGUAUGGAAAUAUUGGCAAAUGUUCACAUUAUGUAUUUUACCUAUUAGUGUAUUUGUAAUAACACGUGAUGCUUUACAAUGUUUAACAAGAAAAGCAAAUGGUAGAAGACAUUUAUUAGAUCUUAUUAAUUGUGUUCAAUUGUAUACACUAUUAUAUACUAUAGUUCUGAAAGUAUCACCAUUAGAAACAGAAUUAACUAAUGCUAAAAUCCCUUCAUUUGAAACAGUGGAACAAUUAACACUGUUAUAUUCGAUAGUAUUAGUAUUCAAUAUUAUUGGAUGGCUAUUACCAUUUUUCAGAUAUUCUAACUGGAAAUCGGAUCCAAUAUUUCAUCCAUCUAUUAUUAAAAUUAAAAAAGUACAAUAG